AUGAGUCCAAUUCUCAAAGCUCUUGCGCCCCCGGAAUAUAUCAUAGGAAGGUGGAAUGAAGAUCAAAUACCUUACAUUGAUCAUCCACAACUUUUUCACGAUUAUUGGGUUAAAGUUGUAACAACGGUUAUGUUGGUUUUGUUGGGCGGAUUAUUUGCCGGAUUGACGCUCGGCCUGAUGAGCCUUGAUGAAACGAACCUCCAUAUCCUUGCUAGUUCGGGUGACCAAAAACAACGUAAAUAUGCUAGAAGAAUCCAGCCGAUACGAAAAAAUGGUCAUCUGCUUUUGGUCACCCUCUUAUUAAGUAACGUGUUGGUCAACGAGACCUUGCCGAUCGUCAUGGAUGAUAUUCUGGGAGGAGGUGGUACAACGGCGAUUUUAGUCUCUAGCGCACUUAUCGUGAUAUUCGGCGAAAUUAUUCCGCAGGCUGUAUGUUCUAGAUAUGGACUAGCAAUAGGAGCUUUCUUUGCAUGGCCCGUGAGAAUAUUGAUCUGGUUAACCUUUAUAGUCGGAUACCCUAUAGCUAAAUUAUUGGAUUUGAUUCUUGGGCAAGAUCGUGGAAUUAUAUACCGUCGUGCUGAGUUGAAAGAAUUGAUAAUGUAUCAUGAAACAACAACCGAGCACGGAGGUGAUUUGGUUACUGACAGUGUCAAAAUUAUACGCGGAACACUUGAUCUUCAAGAUAAAGUGGUCGAAAGUGCGAUGACACCAAUAGAAAAAGCAUUUAUGAUAUCUAAUGAUAGCAUUAUGGAUAGAGAUACCAUGGGGAGGGUAUAUUCAACCGGCCAUUCUCGAAUUCCCGUGUAUGAAGGUUCACGCGAGAACAUCUUGGGAGUUUUAUUGGUCAAGUCCCUGGUAACGUAUAAUCCGGACGAAGCAUUGCCAUUAAAAAAAUUUCGCAUAAACAACAUUCCCAAGGUUGCAGCCGAAACGCCGUUAUUUGACAUCUUAAAUAUAUUUCGGGAAGGUCGGAGUCAUAUGGCGAUUGUGAAUAAAGGCAAAGACUCCAAACCUAUUGGUAUCAUCACAUUAGAAGAUGUUCUUGAAGAAUUAAUACAAGAAGAAAUUUAUGACGAAUCCGACAAGCAAAUAAGAUUAUUAACAGAGGAUCAAUCGCGUCCAAACAACAAUUACAAUCAUAGACGGAGAAACAAGUUCAAGAGUCCUCCAUUGAUGAGAUUCAAUUCGGAACCAACGAAUGUCAUGCAGCCAGGUGAAGAUCAUAUAAUUGGUGGGGAAACCGAGGCGUUGCUUUCAUUCUCUGUGGUGAACGCUGAAUCUAGUAUGUCUGUUUGUUCGGAUGAGGGCUAA